ACCAUCAGGACAGAUCGGAGCUCGUUCUCAUCGGUUCACCCCAGAUCCGGAAAUAGACCCAUCAUUUGGCGCCGUAUGUGGGGAGUUCUUGAAGGAAUUAAGAGCUUUACACCUAGCUUUGAUCUGUUUCCGAUGGCUGAGAAGGAAGGAGUGCAGAAAAACUUGAAUGAAGAUUUCAGGGCAACAUGGACUGACAAGCGACCUUCGUCGAUUCCCAGCCUUAGACCACCACUCCAGGUGCUGGGAUUCCCACCUUUUGGGGCGCACGCGCCGUCAGGAGGGCGUAUGGGAGAGGGGACGCCUAUUACCCCGCCCAGAGUCAAGAUCCCGGUUCUCACCCAAGGGGAGGCCAGUCACGUGAAGGACACGAGCGGAGAAGUGGAUGGUCACGCAUCGACCGAAAUAUCUUUAAGGUUGGGGAAGCAACCUGGGCAACCUGAUCAGGAAACAAGGCCACCGCUCCAAGUCGAGGAACAAACGCUGACUGUGACGAGAAGCGAGAUGCAGAGAAUGAUCACGGAGGCAGUAGCGGCCCAACUCAAACAAACACCAGUCGAGCAACCAAGGGUCGAACGACCCAGGAUCGAACAAGCAAGGGUCGAGCAGCCUCAAAAUGAGCAGCAACCCCUUGACCGCGAGCAACAGGCGCAAUCACAUGAGAGGCAGAACAGGAGGGUAGAUGAAGAAGAGUCCUUUGUCAGAACUAUUAAUCCACAAGCCAGAAACAAUACCCUGGAGCAGCUGUUAGCGCAGGUCCGGGACUUGCAGGCUCGAGUGGAAGGAAGAAAAACGGGAAGCUCGAGGGGACACCAUUUUUCGCAACAUAUCCUAGACGCCGACUUGCCUCAGGGGUUCAGGGAGCUCAACAUCUGCUCGGUGAACGUGAUUUUUUACAAUUGUCUUAAGCGGAUGGAACUCGACAUUGAGCUCUCACCCCUAUACACCUCACUUUUUGGAUUUAACGGCUCGGAAGUCGCACCCCUAGGAGAGACCACGCUCGCUGUCGUCCUAGGGAAGGGCGACCUAAGGAAAGUAAAAAUGGUACGAUUUGUCGUAGUCGAUGUCGAGUCAGCCUAUAAUGUGAUUCUGGGAAGGCCAGCGCUCAACACAUUCCAAGCAGUAGUGUCAACCUACCAUAUGAAACUAAAAUUCCCCGUGGGAGAUAAAGUCGGGGAGGCCAGAGGAGACCAGAGGCUGUCAAGAACCUGUUAUCAGAUUGCAGUAAGAACAAACCAACGGACGGAGGUGAAAGAAGGAAAAAAGCUGACGACAAGCGAAAAAAGACAAAGGGAGG